AUGGCUACUUUGAGUUCACCCAGCAGCCGAUGCUUAGCCAAUCUCCGUAGGGUGCAGCUGCCGUCGAGACGAUUCUUCAGCCAGCAGUGUGCGGUGAGCAAUGUUGCCUCGCGAAGACUAAUUCUUGGUGCACUGCCAGUACGCUCGCCUGCAAGAAACGUCCGACUUUCAUGGGCGAGAGGAUGCAACGUCGAGGUGGCACAGAGACUGGCACGCCAACAAGCCCGAAGAGGUCUCCAUGUGGCCAGGGUGUGUCAGCAGGGCGUCACAGCCUCGAGCAGUGACAAGAACAACAGUGGCGACAUCAUCUGCUCUGUAACGCCUUCACCCAGCGGGGACGAACGGACCGUCGCUACGGUCACAAUAUCGAAUGCCGAUCGACUGAAUAGUCUCAACAGCAUGCUGAUCGAGAAGCUCACGUCAAAACUACGCUCGUUAGCCAGUGAUCCAAAGCUGUCUUGCGUAGUCAUCAAGGGCGCUAUUUCCGAGAGCAAGGUCGCCGCAUUCAGUUCGGGGGCCAACAUCUUCGAGAUGGCCGCGAUUAACAACUACCACGACGCAAAAGACUUUAUCUCGCGGCUGCACGGGGCCUGCCAAGCUGCCAGGGACUUGCCCGUCGUCACUAUCGCGCAGAUUCACGGACUGUGCUUUGGCGGAGCCCUGGAGCUGGCGGCAGCGUGUGACUUCCGCUAUGCGACGCACGAGUCGACGUUCAGUAUGCCGGAGACGAAAUUCGGGAUACCCUCGGUCAUCGAGGCGAGACUGUUGGUCAACAUCGUUGGCUGGCAGAGGACAAAGGAAUUGGUGUACCUGGCCAAGGUCUACGAUGCGAGGGAGAUGGAGAAAUGGGGCUUGGUUGACGCGUGCUAUAGUAGUGCUCAACAACUUCAGGAGGAGGUCGACAAGGUGGUUGAUCUUGUUGCUGCCAACGGGCCGGGCGCAAUGAGGGCACAAAAGAGGCUGGUCAAAUUGUGGGAGGAAACGAAUCUGGCAUUUGGUGUUAAGGCGGGCGUCGAUGCUUUUGCGAGCAUGUUUAGCGACGGGGGGUUGGAGCCGGCCAAGUACAUGAGGGAGUUUACGGAGAGAAAGCACGCCAAACGUUAA